GAGGAGGAGUAAGGGGUUGGUAGGGGAGGGGAAGGAAAGCAGAAGGGCUUAAAUAAAAGUUUAGCUGAGGCCUGACUUUCCACAGCUGUGAUUAAAAAUGUUCUGGGAGACUGUAGCGACUGCGUGUUAGUGUGCCAGUGUGUUGGUGUACCAGUGUGUUGGUGUAGCAGCGUGUUGGUGUACCAGUGUGUUGAUGUACCAGUGUGUUGAUGUACCAGUGUAUUGGUGUACCAGUGUGUUCCUCCAGCGUAGUGUUGCUCCUGUGUUGUGCUGUUUCAAUGUUUUGUUCCUGUAUGGUGGUUCACCAGUGUGCUAGUGUUCCACUGUAGUAGUGUACUAGAGUGGUAAUACACCAUUGUGGUAGUGCACCAUUGUGAUAGUGUAUCUAGUGGUGGUGAAAUAGCGGUCGUCAAGAAAGCUGUUUGCUCAUUGGAACCAAAGAAUUUGACUCUGAACUUCAUAUGACUUUCUGAAAUUUAUCCACCAGAAACCUGUCCUUCUGACAGUCGACCAUAAAAAAGGUGACCUCAUGAAUAUCGAUCCCAUAUAUGUCGGCCUUAAAAUAGUCGACCAUAUGAAAGGCGAACUUAUUAACAUCAACCAGAUGAAAGGCGACCUUACCAAUGAGAACCCCUUAAAAGUUGACCUCUUUAAAGUCAACCAAAUGAAAGUCAAACACAUUAAAUUCGAUCCCAUCCACAUAGUCCCUCUACGGAUUUUGUUUUUGAAAUUGGCAGUUUCUGUGUUGGAGGUGGCUGCUGCGACUGUUAGGUGGAGAGCUGAGGCUACGUCGAAGGUGGGAGCUGUGGUAGUGGUUGUGGUGACAACUACAGCGAGGGUGGGAGCUGUGGUAGUGGCUGUGGUGACAACUACAGCGAAGGUGGGAGCUGUGGUAGUGGCUGUGGUGACAUCUACAGCGAAGGUGGGAGCUGUGGUAGUGGCUGUGGUGACAUCUACAGCGAAGGUGGGAGCUGUGGUAGUGGCUGUGUUGUGGAUGCGGGGAUCAGUGUUAGGAGAGAAUGUGACGGAAGAAGGGAGCUCCAUCCCUGAGCAGUGGGAGCACCGCUACCAUCAAGACAUUGACGGAGACCUGGUGGUCAGGGAAUACCUGCUGCAGGAGGUACACCCACGUACUGCACUACUCUGUCCCAGGGGCUUCGUUAUUGCCAAGGUACGCAUGUUGCUGAGGACAAGUCAGGACAUCAUCGCUGUCCACCCGGAGGCGGCGCUGCAGGUGCCCUACGCCCACUUUCUGGUGAAGAUCGCAGACGGUGUGAAGAGUGACGAGCAGAGAGGCAGCAGCAAGUGCCCUACCCUUCAGGCAUGCUUGGGCUACCAGGCAUGCCUCUUCAACUAUGGCAUCGAAUUCUGCCACAUGGAUCCCAUCCCCGGCCAGCGUAAGGUCUUGCAUGUGACGGUGACGUGUAUGAGGGACGGAGUGUUGGAGGCCGCUCUCCACCACCACCACCACCAUCCCCACCACUACAUCAACAUCACUAGACGUGCCAGCCUGGUGAGCAUGUGUGCGAGGGAGGGGCUCAAUCACAGAGAAUGGGCAGCCAAUAGAAAACAGGAGGUGCUCACCCAGCUUUCAUCCAUUACCCAAAGAAAAUGGAAGCUGGGUGACUCACCCAACAGAAAACAGGGGACGGCACCCGUCAUCCACUGCGCUCCAGCUCGAGAAACGCUGACGACAGCAGCAACCCAACUAA